AUGGGUUUCAACAACAUCGCGAUCGCUGGUGGGUCGGGAAAUCUAGGAUCAGCAAUCCUACGGGAGCUACUUUCAUCUUCAGACCCGAUCUUCAACGUAAUUGCACUUACACACUCAAAGUCGACGACGGCUGCAAGUCUGGUUAUGACGCUCGGUCUACCCAGUACAGCUUCUCAUCACCUGAAGAUUGUUUGGGUCGACUAUAAUAACGAAGAUAACCUUAUGGGAGCUCUUUCGGGCGCUGAAGUUGUCAUUGCUACACUUGCUGGCCAUGUGGCUCUGCAGAUCGAUCCGUUAUUGCUGAAAGCUGCUCGAAAAGCCGGCGUACGGAGAUAUAUUCCGUCACAAUACGCUCUAGAUGUUUUACACCCAAAAGCCGUGGAAUUGUUUACUGAUGGUUGGCUAAACGCCUUCCCAGUUGCUCUUGCUCGUCGCUAUGAGGCACUCGCAGAAGAAAAUGGCCCUAUAAGCUAUACUACAGUUCUGCCUAGCAUGUUCAUUGAUGUUUUUCUUGAGACUGGGCUCUGGGGGGCGUAUGACAUUCCAAAUCGAAGGGCAGUUGUGGUUGAUGACGGAACGCGGUUUCUUACAGGUUGCUCGACAGAAUUUAUCGCCGCCGCCAUUACAGCAAUAUUGAAGCUACCCGAGGACGCCACUAAGAAUAAAAGAAUACCAAUUGCAGAAAUCCGAACAACAGCAGUCGAGAUUAUCGAAACAAUUGAAGGGGUUUUUGGAUUUAAAAUGGAUGUGGAAUACAAGCCAAGUGAAGUGUUUCUCCUUGAGCGCCAGGAUGCCUUGGCGAAGAAAGAUUUUCGGACGGUGCAUAUAAAGUCUACACUCAAACUAGGGGGGGAUGGCUCCGGUGCGGCAGAUUUGAUUGAAGGGUUAGCUUUUGAUGCAAAUGGAACUUUCAUAUUUCCACGACGAAAUUUGAAGGACUUAGUAUUAGGCGUUAGAAAGAGAAUGACAAUUUAA